AUCCUCAGUUUGGCUGUCUUUUCCCUUCGAUGGAUCCGUAGAGACUCCGUGCUUGUGAAUUUUGAACUGCCGAUCGAUCUUGCAGAUCCUCUCAAGGAUGCUUUGGCGCAGUCACCAAGUCAAAGCCCGUGCCUUUACGCUGUAGAGCCCGCCUUUUCACGAAUUUCGCUACCUUUUCCAAUUCAUGUUCCGAAGCCGCUGCAUGUUUUCUCCUGCAAGAUUUCCCAGUUCAUUCGAUGCCUAAUUGAUUAGCUUCUGCUAUGGCGGCAGCCCUAGCGUGCUCGCUGCCUUGUCCCCCAUCACCGAGCUUGGUUAAUCGUUUACCGGACGGAUUCAGUCAUUUGGCUGUCGGACGAUGCGCCAGACGCACGAAGGUCGCAUCUGUUGGAAGACAACGGGUGCUGCCUGCAACCUGUUUGUUUCAUGGUCCGUGUGAUUCAGGUGACAUUAGAAUCUUUGUCGUAUCGGAUUUGCAUACAGACUAUGGAGAGAACAUGGAAUGGGUGAAGCGCCUUCCGACUGUGUGGCACAAGGGGGAUGUCCUCAUUGUCGCCGGAGAUGUGGCGGAAACAAUCAGCAAUUUUGAGCUCACCAUGUUGCAGUUGAAGAAGAGGUUUGGCAGCAUCUUCUAUGUGCCGGGGAACCAUGACCUGUGGUGCCGAAGAGAAGGUGGAAAAUUUACGGAUUCACUGGAAAAGCUGAGUGAAUUGCUUGAAACAUGUAACGAGUUAGGAGUACAAACUGCUCCGAAAAGUAUGGGCAGUGUGGGUAUCAUUCCAUUGUUUUCAUGGUAUCACAAGAGUUUUGACAGAGAGAAAGAUAUAACUAGUGUUCAAAUUCCCUCACUUGAGAUGGCAUGCAAGGAUUUUCACGCUUGUAGGUGGCCCUCACAACUAUCAAGUGAUGAUGUUGCCCUAGCUCACUUCUUUGAUACUAUGAAUGAGAAGAACCAUGAACUUAUUCAAGAAAUGCAAAAGAAUUGCUCUCAGUUGAUAACAUUCUCUCAUUUUGUCCCAAGGCAAGACUUAUGUCCAGAGAAGAGAAUGCUUUUUUACCCUAACCUUCCAAAGAUAAUUGGCUCUGAUUUUUUGGAGGCCAGAAUAAGGUCCAUACAUGGAGAAAAUAAAAACAGGUCAGGUUGUCAUAUAUUUGGCCAUACACACUUCUGCUGGGACGCUGUACAUGAUGGUAUCAGAUAUGUCCAAGCUCCUCUAGCAUAUCCCAAGGAAAGGAAGAGGAGGAUGAAUGGUGGAGAAGACUGGCUGCCAUUUUGCAUUUACCACAAGGGACUGACUGAUAGAUUAUCACCUUCAUACUGGUCUGAUUAUUAUUCCAUCAAUAAGAGAGACCCAGAUAACACUGAUCUCGCUCCAUGGGUUUCCAGAUUUUACAGAAUGUCUAAUAACUCGAAGCCGCAUCACGACGAUCGAUCAAAUCUCCAUGGCCGAUCAAAAACGAGUACAUCCGAUGAUGAUGGACGUUGAGUCGCCGCCGUCGACCAUUUCCGGCAAGUCCUCAAUAUCAGAAAAGGCCGCAGCCGCAAUCUCUCCCACUCUCACAGCACCACCCG